UUUCUUCCUAUAUAAGGAGGCACUUUCCCCCCUACGAUUUCUCUCAACCGUGCCCUAAUUCUCUAAUGACUUGUUCAAAUUCUAUACGUAUAUAUAUAUAAUUGUCCAUUUCCGGUAAGCGGCGAACUGAAAAUGGCGCCCAAGCAAAAAUGUACGACGGCGGCGACGGCAGUGACGGUGACGACGGCAGUGACAGCGGCGGCGGUGAAGGAGGUGCAUUACAGAGGUGUAAGGAAAAGGCCGUGGGGAAGAUAUGCGGCGGAGAUAAGAGAUCCGGGGAAAAAAUGCCGUGUUUGGUUAGGUACGUUUGAUACCGCUGAGGAAGCAGCGAGAGCGUAUGAUAAAGCUGCGAGAGAGUUUCGAGGUGUGAAAGCGAAAACUAAUUUUCAGAUUGUGAUGCAGCCGGAGGAUGUGAAUCGGAGUCCGAGUCAGACUAGUACCGUUGAGUCAUCGUCUGCGGCGGUUGCGGUUGCGGCGGCGGCGGUGACGGUGACUGCUACGGCGGCGGCAAUGGUGGAAUCGGUUCCGUUGGAUCUAAGCUUAGGAAGCUCAUCAUCCGUUGGUAUUUUUAGCAACGGUGUAGGUAAGUUUUUGUUCCAGAAUUCUCCUACCGGAGGAAUCACUCCGCCGAUGUACUAUUUACAAGGAGCUGGAGUGAUUCGUAACGGCGGCGGUAGUGGAGAUGGAGGUGCUGCUGCCGGCGGCCAGAGUGGGAUGAUGAAGAGUGAAUCCGAUUCAUCAACUGUGAUAGAUUUUAUGGGUAACGAUCUCAAGCCAAAAGCUAAUUUCGACCUUAAUCUUCUCCCGGCACCGGAAGACAUGUGAAAAUUCGUCUGAUCGGAAAGUUGCCGGAGUUGAUGAUCGGAGAUUCUGCAUGCUUUUUGAACUUUUGCUUUAUUUAAUUAGUUGUAAGCUUGUUUAAUUAGCGUUAAUUCCCCUUUUAAUUACCAGUAAUUAAGGGAAAAAGAUAAGGGAAACUAGUCUAAAAUAUAUAUAUUUAGGGGAAAACGAUGACGUUCUGUUCAUCGAGUUACUAUGUGAAUAUCGAAAAAUCUGAACUUUUAAGAAAAGAAGCUGGGAAUAAAUAAAUCUUUUCAUGUUGUUC